AUGGACGCUCUCAAACGAAUCAUUACCAAAAUUAGGACGUCUUUCUCCGAGCGGACAAAGUCAGGCAGGAGCUCCCCACGAUCGACCAUAUCCUCAGGCUCCAAGUCAUUCGCUUCUCUUCAGAGCUGGCGAAGUGAAAGCACUCUUUACACAUCGGCAGCUGUGUCUCUGAAAGGGGAAGAAUCAAACCUUGUGUAUUCGCCAGUCACCAGCAUGCUCUCGGCAAGGAAUACUUUAGAGCGACCUAUAAAUAGGACCAACAACUCGUUCUCGCCGCUACUGGAUUUGCCCGUUGAACUUAUAAUCACCAUAUCACAUCAAGCCGGCUUUCAUGAGUCCAUGACUCUGGCUCUCUGCUGCAAACGUCUGAACGAGAUACUCAUGGAUACUAGGAGCUGGUAUGCUUAUACUGCCACCACGCCCGAUAUCAUAGAGAGCCGCAUUAAUAUCGUGACCAAACUCAGCACUUUUGAUCACUUGCUCUUUGGGGUUUGGCCCAAGGCACCGUUAUAUACUGUCGAAGAGGAGCCUCAGGAUAUACCAAUGUCGUCUAGUAACAGUAGUUUGUCGACUCUAGUUGCUGUAUCUCCCGCAGAAAAAGCCCGCAAAAAGGACCAUAUCAACUUAUUCUUUGAGCACAGAGCAUUCUCGGAUCGUUUCAGCUUCUUGGGAGGAGUCGAAUUCGAUGUCAAGGAUAAUGGCCGCGUGUCUAGUGACUUCUUUGAGCACUUGGAGUCUAAACCAUGUCAACAACUCGAACCAACGUCACCUACAUCUAAUGCCCCACUUGCAAUAACCGAGCAUAUCUGCAACGAGUGCUAUAGCUACCACCACCGUAAAAUACUUCGAAACUACUUUGUCUUUGACUCUCAUGAUCUGCAGGAUGUUAGCAAGCCGGCGUUUGAGUGGACGUGGGAGUCUAUCAACAAGAAGAGGAUUGUAAAAAUCUCUGUAGUGCCUCAACGUGGUGUAUUGGGAUAUGCUAGUGCACGAAACAUGCCGUAUAUACUGUCGGAAGCAGUCACCAUCAAUGGUAAACAGCUGCUAGGAGGUUUAAGGAGGCAUUAUGAACGACUAGUAGGGCACCUUGACAGUCACAAUUCUCGUGUGGUGACGAUGUAG